AUGUCAGAGACUCCCGUGAUCAAAGAAGAACACGACGAACACACAGUCGUUCCUUCGUCGCCAGCGGCAACGCCCUCCGCUGAGACUCAAGCCCCCGUGUCCACGGAGAGGGAGAAGACUGAGACAGAGGAUGGAGAACACGAGAAGAAGAAGCGAAAGACCACGUCGAAAACGGUGCGUAAGCCGUCUGAAGAGGUGUUGCAGAGGCGAAGAGAGGGGCGAAUCAAGGCGGCAGCGACAAUUGCACAGAACUUGAAGAAAACAGGCAUAGGUCGAUUUGAGGAGCAGAAUGGGUUCAAGCUCACGGCAGUUAAGACGGUGCCCUUGAUUAACCAGAAGAACUACUUUGCAGACUACUUGAAAAAGGAUGAGCAGGCCACCUUGAUUAGAAAUUGGCGAAACGAGAAGCAGCUGGGGCCUACGGUGGGUAAAGGAGGUGCCAAAGGCGACAAGAAGACGGAGGAGGACGACGAUGAUGAUGAGGAUGACGAGAAUGACGAAAACGACAAUGAAGACAAUGACGACGAUGACAACGACAAUACCACUGGCGAGCACCGUGUCAAGGUGCGGGCAGGCCACGAUACGAUAGUGUUCCACCCCGGCUCGUCGUGUAUACGUCUCGGGAGGGCCACGGAACCAGCUCCUACAGCCGUGCCUGCUGUGGUGGCGUUCAAGCGUGAGAUUAAGGAGAUGGACGGACACCGUAAGACUCCAUUGAGAACUGUCAAUGAAGAUGGAGAAGUCGAUUUCGGAAGUCGCUUUGACGAGAUGAAGGCAGUGGUCACUAAGGAUUUCAAGGCUCGUAUGAGGUACUACAAGCGUCGUAUACAGCAGAAUUCUAGAGAACUGGCUGCCGACUUCAAUAGCAAGCAAGUUGGGGAGCCCAUAGAUGAUCAUAACGACCCAGAAGCCAAAUCAUGGUUGUCGCCUGACGACGAGUUCUUACAGAAGAAUGAGUUCAUUGCUGGCUCCAAGGCUCUACAAAUCCCCAUCACCGAAAGUCUCAACACGUGGCACCAAAGGUUUCCCAUAGUCAAUGGUAUGUUCAACCAAGACCCCAACGUCUACCGCUCUCCACAGGAGCUCUACGGAGAUGUUACUCGUCUCACUUUAGCCGCUUUGGAAGAAAUUGGCGUGGGGACAACUCCCCAAGAAUUGGCAAAUCUCAAGUGUUUGUUUGUCAUUCCUGACUUGUACGACAAGGCCUACAUCGAAACAUGGUGCGACCUUCUCCUUCACUCUGUGUGUUUCGGCAAAGUGGGUAUUAUUCAAGAGGCAGUGGCCGCCACAUUUGGUGCUGGGGCAUCCAGUGCCUGUGUUGUGGAUGUUGGUGCUGAGGUCACGACUGUUGCAUGUGUGGACGAAGGAUUGAUCAUCAACGACUCUAGAAUUCGUCUUGAUUAUGGUGGUAAGCACAUUACAGAGGCAUUGACUAAACUACUAUUGCAACAGAACUUCCCUUACAGCGACAUUGACUUAAGUUUCUUCAACGAUGACUGGCAGUUGGCCGAAACCAUCAAACAGAAUUACGCUACUUUCAAUGACGCUGAUAUUGCCGUGCAGCUAUAUGACUUUUAUAAAAGAAAACCAGGUCAGAAGACUGAGAAGUUUUUAUUCAAAGUAUUUGACGAAGUCAUGUUAGCGCCCUUGGGUCUUUUUUACCCCGACUUGUUUGAGAUUGCAAAAGACGUGAGGGAACGUCCAUUGCUUCCUGAGUCAUUUGAUCAGUACACUGGAGAGCCCAACAAUCCGUACUCCAAAGCACACGAGAAUUUGCAGUUCGGGUCUGCCUACUCGGACAUGACAGAUGAAGCCUUGUUAAUCAAACUUGCAGAGGAGAAAGCCAAUCUGAAGCAGUCAAGUGCUCCCAAAGCGUUGAACACACAAGGACAGAUAGAUACACUGCUGCCUGUGACAGCUCCGCUCGACAAAGCUAUCAUCGAAUCGAUUACGAAUGCAGGUAUUGCAACCGACUUUAAUAAGGCCAAGAAACUCUAUGACAACUUGCUAGUGGUUGGUGGCGGGUUGGCCAAAUUCGACAACUUUGACGUUCUUCUCAAUGACAGAAUCAACAUAUGGCGUCCAAAGUUUUUGUCGUCGAGCACAUUGGAUGACGUUCUUGCUUAUGUGACGAAAGAAAAGGAUAAGACGGAUAACAAGAGGAAACAGAUGAUCGAAGAGGCGAAAAAGAAGAAUGCGGGCGGGAAGUCGGCGGAUGACAUUGAGUUGACCGAGGAGGAGCUCGAAGGCAUCGAGAACGCAACGCAGUACUAUGUCGACCUAGACAGAGCCGACGGGCUUAGUGACCAGGGACAAACGGUUGCUGUAAAUGUGCUUCCACCGCCCAAGGAUUAUGAUCCACGGGAACUUACCUGGAAGGGGGGCAGUGUGUUCGCGAGGUUGAAGGUUGUGAACGAGAUGUGGAUCACGGCCGCUGACUGGGAGCUUCUCAACUCCAGAACCCUCUACUACAAGAGCUUGUUCAAUUACUAA